AUGAGCGCGACGCCAUCCAAAAGAAGACAUUCACCAAAUGGGUGAACAAACAUCUGAAAAAGACUUAUACCUGCAUUCACACGUGCGGCGAGUCUCAGGCUGUCGCGUGUUGCGUCGCAAAUAGACACGUUAACGAUCUUUUCGUCGAUCUUCAAGAUGGUCUCAAUCUUAUUUCACUACUGGAGGUUCUCACGGGCGAACACCUGCCCCGAGAACGUGGUCAGAUGCGGUUUCACAUGCUACAAAAUGUUCAGAUGGCGCUUGAUUUUCUACGAUUUAAAAAGAUAAAACUGGUGAAUAUUCGCGCUGAAGACAUCGUCGAUGGAAACCCAAAAUUAACCCUCGGCCUCAUCUGGACGAUUAUUCUCCACUUCCAGAUAUCGGACAUCGUAGUCGGGGCUGAGCCGCACGUAAGCGCGAAGGAGGCGCUCCUCAACUGGGCCCGCCACACGACCUCCCGCUACCCCGGCGUCCGCGUCCACGACUUCACUUCAUCGUGGCGAGAUGGACUCGCUUUCAACGCCAUCAUCCACAGAAACAGACCAGAUUUGGUGGAUUGGCGUGGAAUCAGGUCCAGAGCAGUGCGAGAGCGUCUCGAAACCGCUUUCUACACUGCCGAAAGAGAGUAUGGUGUCACUCGCCUCCUUGAUCCUGAAGAUGUUGACACCCACGAAAUUGAUGAAAAAUCCAUUAUCACAUACAUUUCUUCCUUGUACGAUGUAUUCCCUGAACCACCUGCAGCUCACCCACUCCAUGAUAACGAAUCUCAAGCUCGAACGAAAGAAUAUCGAGAAUUAGCAACCUCCCUUCAUCUGUGGAUGAAGGAGAACCAGGCUAUGAUGUCUGACCGAACGUUCCCUUCAACUCUAAUAGAAAUGAAAAAAUUAGCGACGGAAUCUAGUAGGUUCCGAAACGAAGAAGUGCCUGUGCGACAAAGAGAAAAGCAAAAAAUACAAUCGCUAUAUCGUGAACUACAAAAAAUAUACGAGUCAGUAGGUGAAGUAGACAUAGAUCCAGAGCUUCAUAUCGACAAUUUAGAACGGAAUUGGAGUCGACUUAUGAUAGCUCAUCAAGAACGAGACAACUCAAUCCAAGAUGAAAUCAAAAGGUUAGACAGACUUCAGCGAAUUGCUGAAAAAGUGCACCGCGAAAUGAAAAGGGUUGAUACGCGACUAGAAGAUCUGGAAGUUAAAAUUAAUGAAGAAGCCAGACGACUGGAGCGACUUCAUCCCUUAGAUGCCAAACACAACGUUGAUCUAAUUGAGCAGGAGCUUCGCCUCACAGAGGAAAACAUCCAGUCAUUGUUCACCGAUGUACAAACUCUCCGAGACGGUCGCUAUCCUCAAGCUUCAGAUCUACAUAAAAGGGUGACUAAAUUGCAUCAACGUUGGGUUUCAUUGCGUUCUUUGCUUCAUUCAAAGUUAAUCACGCCACUAGCAUCUAUGUCAUUCCCAAUUGUUGAGGAGAGGACAGUUACUCGGCAAACACGCACUGUUCUUGAAACAAGGCUGGUUGACACCAACACUCAUUUUAGAGCCCUCCAAGAAGCUAUCGACUGGUGCCGCAAUAAAUUGAAACAAAUUCAAGAAGCUGAGUAUGGUGCUGAUCUCUCAGGAGUUAAAACGGAAAUAGAACUACACCAACGAGAGCAUAGGCUCAUCGAGCAAUUCCAUUCGAAAGUAGAACACUGUAUUAAUGCUCAGCACAACUUCCAUGGAGAUGAGCUAGCGCUGUACACUCAGCACUUGAACACUCUUCAGAAACUGUAUGCUGAACUACUAUCUACCUCUAACAAGCGGGUCUCUGACCUGGAGACACUGUUGGAUUUCGUACAGUCAUGCACCAACCAGUUGCUGUGGCUGAGCGAAAAAGAGAAGAUAGAACUAUCGCGUGAUUGGGCAAGCAAGGAACUUAACACUCAAGCCAUCGAACAGUAUUACGAGUCUUUAAUGUCAGAAUUGGAAAAACGUGAAAUUCAGUUGAGUGCUGUCCAAGACCGUGGUGAGAGUCUUCUUCUCCAACAUCAUCCUGGCCACAAGACGAUUGAGGCCCAUAUGGCUGCACUGACAUCGCAGUGGGCUUGGCUCCUCCAGCUUACAUUGGCCUUGGAAACGCAUCUGAGGCAUGCAACUUAUUACCACCAAUUCUUCAAGGAUGUCAAAGAAGCUGAACUAUGGCUCAACAAGCGAGAUGAGCUUCUUAACACUGUUUACAGCCAAUCAGAAUUCAGCUUGGAUGAAGGAGAGCGGCUGUUACGUGGCAUGCAAGAAUUGCGAGAAGAGCUAAAUGCUUACGGAACAGUUGUGCAACAAUUGAGUGAACGUGCCGCCGAUGUUGUGCCUUUGAAACAAAGACGUCAGCCAGUCAACAGACCGCUCACAAUUCAUGCCGUUUGUGCCUACAAACAAAACAAUGUAUCCAUAGAAAAAGGUGAUCAGUGGAUUCUACAUGAUAACUCAGGUCGAAUCAAGUGGCAUGUAUCCAAUGGUUCCAACAGCUCCGACUGCAAUGUCCCAGGAGUUGUAUUUUUAAUUCCACCACCAGACAAAGAGGCUUUGGAGGCCAUCGAGCGUCUCAAGCGGCAAUUCGACCGCACGGUUACUCUCUGGCAGCGAAAGCAGCUCAGGAUGAGACAAAACAUGAUCUUUGCAACCAUCAAAGUAGUUAGGAGUUGGGACCUAGCUCAAUUCCUUGCUAUGGGAGCAGACCAGCGAAAUGCCAUCAGGAAAGCAUUAAAUGAAGAUGCUGAGAAAUUGUUGAAAGAGGGUGAUCCUUCUGACCCUCAACUCCGAAGGCUUCGGCGUGAAAUUGAUGAAGUCAACCGUCUAUUCGAUGAAUUUGAAAGAAGAGCUCGUGAAGAAGAGGAGAGCAAAAAUGCUAUUCGCAUUUUCACAGAGCAAGCCUCAAACCUUCAAGCCCAGCUGGAUGAAGCUGAGCAUGUUUUGAAUACAAGAAUAGCUGCACCGAUUCCCAGAGACCUCGAUUCGCUAGAGCACCUUGCCGUCCAACAUAGAGAAUUUGAGAAUCGUCUCAAGAACCUUACCCCGGAAAUUGAUGGCAUUCAAUCCACAUUCCGAAACAUUACCAGAAAAACUCCAGCUCUUCAGUCAAAACUGGACAAAAUUCUAACACAGUGGAACCAAAUUUGGAACUCCUCUCACCUAUACAACGAUCGCUUGAAGAGUGUUGAAGUUGUUUUAUCUGGCCUAGAAGAGGCAAAUACCCUAGUUUCCGAGUUUGAGCUAAAGCUUGCUUCGUAUGGAGAAAUGCCUAAUGACUUAGAGGCACUUAAAAAUGUGCAUCAAGAGUUGAUAAACAUUCAAAACAGUAUCACACGGCAACAGCCCAUCAUUGACCAGCUUAAUGAAGAUUGCCAUAAGGCGCGUCGCGUGGUUGAGAAAUCAAGGCAUCACAUCCAUCGCGGAGGUGCUCAUCAUGAUCUGGACAGAUUGGACAAUGAUGUGAAGAGGCUCACAACAAGAUGGAACAAUUUAUGCGCUCAACUUGUCGACAGACUGCACAGUUGUGAAGCAGGUGUUGAAUUACUCCAGAAGUUCACUCAUAGUUAUCAGACUGAAGUCAGUUUUGUUGAUGAUAGUUACGGUAAAUUAAAUCACCUAACUCCUGUCAAAACAACCGCAGUUGAGCAAAUCGAACCGAUCAAGAACCUAUUUACAUCAAUUGUUGACAGAAAGCCAUCGAUGGAGCAAGUAAAUGUCGAUGGUGGAAGGUUUAUUCGUGAAGCAAAGAUAUACGACUUAAGACUUCAACAUUACUGUGAUUGGUUGCUCGAUGAAGUUCAUCCUUCGAUGGACGCCUCGUCACCACGGUGGCGCCGCACACGUUUUGCCUCAGCAAACAGUGGAGAAGUGGCCGUUGCUCGAGAUCUCGACAUUUUAAACCAUAGGUAUCAAGCAUUACUCACUAUCCUCCACGACCGGCUGAAGCAGCUCCUGGUUGAUCUCCCCGAUAACAAGGAAUUAGAGGCUUUCAUUGAAGCUAUGGAGCCAACACCCUUGCGAACUUACAGAACUGAGUUUGAUAUCUAUGAAUCGGCUUCAACUGAUGAUCAAAGACAUUCUAAUCAAAGGCUCUCAAACAGCACCUUGGAUUCGGAAGAAGUUGACUGUGAUAAUAACCACAUAUCAAAAUCUGUUGCAUCAGUGCGACUGACGCGAUCGUCCAGUCGAGAAAACUCUCCUGCAAAUAAGAUAUUUAUGGAUAUCAACAAUUUAGAAUCUAAUCAACCUAGUGUAGUAAAUAAUAGUUCAAAUUUAAAUGGCGACGCCGGGCUUAGUACAAUGCAAUUUUCUGAAAUUCGAUCCCUGAAACGAGUUCAAAAAGUAGAAGAGGGAAUUGGAACCGAAAAUUUAAGUAUCAUUGACUGUGCAGGUAUUGUUCAUCCUGUCACAGGUCAAAUUUUAACUGUUGGUGAUGCAAUUAGGUUACGAAUUUUAGAUGUUAGGACUGGCAGGAUUUCCUUGUCAUUAAAUAAUAAGUUAGAAACUAUUCCAAUUGAAAAGGCUGUGAAACAAGGUUUAGUUGAUUCUAGUUUAGCUGAUAAAUUAUUAGGCCCAUGUGGAAUCGUCGGAGAUGGUCCACAAUUGACUUUGCUUGAGGCUAUCCAAAGGGAACUUCUGGAUGCGGAACGAGGACCCAUGGAAAGAGUAAAGCAAGCUGUCGAGGAGAAAUACCGGCUCACAAAUGAUACAUUAAGUGAGUUGCUUCGCUGGAUCGGAGAAAUUGAAGACCGAUUGGCCAACCAAGAUGUUGUCCAAGAAGAUCUGGAUCAAGUCAGGAACCAGAUCAAUAUCUUGAAGUUACUCAAAGAAGAAUUGGAGUCUCAAUCAAGAUCUGUUACAUCAGUUUUGGACCAAGUGAGACAGUUAGUAGCAACAGGAGGAGACUACUUGUCCAGAGAUGAAGUGAAUCAUCUAGAAAAGAACGGCAAAUCAUUGAAGAACCGCUAUGAUUAUUGCAAUGACCGCACUGAUAAAUUGUUGCGGCGCUUGAUUGCAGCUAAAGAUGAACUCAACAAGUUCAAAAAUGAAGUGAGUACAUUUACAACAUGGAUGGACAAAGCACGUCGCACCUUGGAAGACAAGGAGCAAAAUUUGUCCAAUUUGAACCGCCUUGAUAGUUCAGGAGAGUCCAUCCGUGAAUUCGUUUCUGAUGUCAUCGCCCACCAGGCCGAUCUGCGGUUUAUCACCAUGGCUGCUCAGAAAUUCUUUGAUGAAUCCAAAGAAUACUUGAAUGUGUUGAAUGACUUCAGAACAUCCCUACCAUCCCGUCUAUCUCACAUCGAGCCAGUAUCAUCAUCCGAGUCUAUCAUAUCUGGAACAGUCUCCACAGUAACAGCUCAUUUCAAAGACUUGCUGGCCCGCGCUACUGCUCUCUCUGACCGUCUAAGUGGAGUUGGUAGUAAGCAGCGAGAAUAUAGAGAUGCACUCGAAAAAGCAAAGGCGUGGUUACGCGAGGCAGAACCCAAGGCAAACAAACUCUUAUCAGAACCCAUAGCUGCCGACCCUAUUACUCUUGAGGAUCAACUCACCCGAACCAAAGCAUUAAACAAUGAGUUUGUUGCACAAGGACGGCUCAUUGACAAUGCAAAACAAGCCACCGAUGCUCUUAUUCGCUCAUUAGAAGGGCAAAUUUCACCAAAAGAGGCUCGGGCUCUUGAAAUUCCUGUUCAAGAGCUGGAGGAUAAGUACAAGCAGCUCUGCAAUGCAUUGGCAAACAAGUGUCAAGCCCUGGACACAGCUUUGGUUCAAUCCCAGGGCGUCCAAGAUGCGCUUGAUUCUUUGAUCAAUUGGUUGAAUGAUGCUGAAAAUAGUCUUAAAAACCUUACUCGCCCUGCAAGUCUUCACAAGGAAAGGCUAGAAGAGCAGUUACGUGAACACAAGGUCCUCCAGUCUGACAUUGAUUCUCACCGCACCAGUGUAGACAGUGUCGCAUACUCAGCACAAGAGCUCAUUUCAACAGCUAGCAACCCAAGAUUAGCCAAGAAGAUUGAGUCUAAAUUACGCGAUGUCACAUCUCGUUUUGAGAAGUUGCUGGACAAAACUGCCAAGAGAGGAGAAUUCUUGUCAGAUAUCCACCAUUCAUUGACUUCAUUCAAUGGUCAAGCAACAACUCUAGAAAGGUGGCUGACUGAGUCACUAGAUCAGUUACCAGACUUAAAUGGAGCCAAGAUUGAUGACCUCAUUGGUGUCCGUGACUCACAACGGCAAGUACUUGAGCAAACUGUCAGCAACGGCAAGACAUUGAUUAACAAGAAGGAUGUGACAGAUACUGGCAUGGUGCGUGACCGUGUUAAGACUUUGGAAAAUUUGUGGAAGGAACUCAACCUCUUGCUUGAUGAAAAGCAACGGUUGGGCAAAGCUUGCUCUGAACAGUUGCUUGCUUAUGAGAAACUUCGGGAUCAAGUCAUUGCAUGGUUGAAUGCUACUGAAUUACGUGUCAACAAGUUAGAACCUGUUGCGGUAGAGUUAGAAACCAUCAAGCGACAAGCAGAUGACCUCAAACCCAUCGUAAAGGAGCACCGUGAUUAUGGAUUGACUGUAGAUAAAGUCAAUGAUCUAGGUAAUGCAUAUGACGCUAUUUCCCAUCCUGACUUAGCCAUGAGAAGAAGAAGCUCUGUUGCUAUUUUGUCACCAACCAAACGUGUUUCCAUUAGCACUGGGUCUUUGAGGAGACCAUCUCAAGAAACGUCACCCUCACCCAUUAAAGGUGGCAGCUUCUAUUUGCAAAGCCCAGUCUCACCUGGUGGAUCAAGUGGUUUUGGUAGCCGUAGAUCCUCCCAGGAAUUCCACCUUGAUGAGCUCACACCAGUUCAACAAGAACUGAAUGAAAUCAACAAUCGUUACCAUCUACUUGGCGUUAGACUGUCCGAUCGUCAAACUGAGUUAGACCAGAUCAGAGAAGAGGUCAAGCGACAUCUUGAUCACUUGAAAUCCCUGUCUCAGUUUUUGGAUAAAGUGCAGAGAACUUUGCCAAAAGAAUCCAUCCCACAAAGCAAAGAAGAAGCUGACAAGACAGCGAAACAAAUCAAAAUAAUCCUGGAAGAAAUGUACGAGAAACAAUCUCUUCUUGAUAGCACUAAAGCAGGCGUGAAUGACCUUCUGAGACGCAAACCAUCAGCAUUCGGCGUUGAUAUCUUGCAUGAUGAAUUAGCUGAUGUCUCAUCUAGGUGGAAGUCACUGCACGAUGCAUGCAAAAACCGAAUUCAGUUUAUGGAAGACUUGAAAGAUUUCCACGAUACGCAUGACAAUCUCUCCUCAUGGUUAAGUGCCAAGGAUAGGAUGAUGACUGUUCUUGGUCCCAUAUCCUCAGACUCUCGUAUGGUCCAAAGUCAAGUCCAGCAAGUGCAGGUAUUGAGAGAAGAAUUCCGUACGCAGCAGCCACAGCUACAGCAUCUAACUACAGUAGGCAAAAGUGUGCUGUCUAAAGUGCCUGACCCAACUGCUCCUGAUGCAGAAAAAAUUUCUGCUAAGCUUAGCAACAUUCUGCAAAGGUGGGCUGAUCUAUUGGGUCGUCUGGAAGAACGUGCCCACAGUCUUGGUGCUGCCGCUAAUUCUAGUCGUGAGUUUGAUGCUGCCUUGCUGCGGCUCCGUGAUGCACUGCAGUCAAUCUCUGAUCAGUUGGAUGACAUUCCCCUUGACAAAGAGCCAGAAGAACAGCUCCGGAAGGUCCAAAAUCUCGAGCGACAAUUGGAGGGUCAAAGACCUCUAUUGGCUGAUUUGGAAGCCUCAGGUGCUCACUUAUGUGAUGUACUGAGUGAUCCUGCCUCAAAAGCAGAUAUCCAAAGCAAGUUAGCAGCAGUUGCAAGGCAAUACAACACACUUCAAAAGAAAUUAGAUCAUCGCAAGGCAGAAAUUGAGGCUUUGUUAAGAGAUGGCCGCCAAUUUGAACAAACAUGUGCUCAUACAUUGGGUUGGUUGUCAGAUGAACUUGGUGCCUUACAUGAGAGGCUGCUAGUCUCAGCUGAUAGAGAAAUUCUUCAGCAACAAUUGGACUUCCAUGAACCUAUUUACAAAGAUGUUUUAAACAAAGAACAUGAAGUGAUCAUGCUCUUAAACAAAGGACGAGAGCUGCUUGCACGUUCUUUGGCAUCACAACAACAACGCAAUGAUACCCGUAAUCUACAGCGAGACUUAGAUAAAAUCCAGCAACAUUGGGAUAAGUUACGUAAAGAAGCAGUCGACCGUCACACUAGGCUCCAAACUUGCAUGGAACAUUGCAAAAAAUACUAUCGUGCUUUAGAAUCAUUCAUCCCUUGGUUAUCGCAAGCAGAGAACAAACUUGAUGCUCUCAGACCAGACAGUUUCAAACGGCGGGAUGUUGAAAGGCAGUUGCGUGAACUUGCCACUUUCAGAAAUGAUGUGUGGAAACACUCCGGUGAAUUUGAAAACCUUCGCACGUUAGGAGAAACAUUCCUCGCUGCUUGUGAUGUAGACAAGGAACUGGUGAAACAAGAACUAGCUGCAGUGAAAACACGCUGGGACAAACUGAACAACGAGCUCCUAGAACGUAUCCAAUGGCUUGAGGAAACUGCUCGAAGACUCGCCGACUUUUCUGAAAAUUUGCGAGACCUUGGGCAUAAUGUUCAACGUUGUGAAGACAAACUUGCCUCCCAUGACUCACUUGGUGGUGCUGCUAGGGAUCCAAAAAUGUUAGAACGAAUCAAAGCUUUGCGUGAAGAAGCAGCGGCCCUGAAGAAACCCCUUCAAGGUCUGCGUAAGACAGCAGAUGAUCUAUGCAGUGAAGCAGCUGAGUUAGGUGUUGGUGACGCAAGCCACUUGCGUGAUGAUGUUGAUAAUUUGGGAGAGAGGCUGGACCAACUUGCAGCAAAAUUAGAUGAUCGUUGCUCUCAACUCCAAUCAGCAUCAACAGCACUCGCGCAGUAUAAUGAAAGAGCCAAGAAUUUGAGUGUAGACCUUUCUGCUCUUGAGAACGAAAUUGACAACAUGAAGCCUCCAGAUCGGGACAUCAAAAUAGUCAGAAAUCAACUAGAUGAAAUUGCCAAGUUCAUUAAAAAGUUGGCUCACGCCGGUAACGAUGUUGCUCGUCUAGCAGAAGCUGGCGAGCAGCUAAUUGACAAUGGUUUUGCGCCAGAUGCAGCCACAACAAGAGAGCAAGCAGCUUCACUUAUCAGGCAAUUGAACCGCUUAGAUGAGCGAGCCAAGAACCGGGAGGACGAACUCGAAAAAGUGUUGGCAAAACUCCAGAAGUUCCAUGAAAUACACUCUGCUGUCAUGGACGAUAUCACCCAUGCUGGUGAGGAGUUGCGUCACCUGAAACCAGUUGGCUCAGAAGUAGAAGCCAUCAAAUCACAGCAGGAUGAAUUCAAUCAUUUCCGCAACCGAAUCGUUGAGCCUCUGACAAGAGCUGUAGAUGACUGCAACAGAUUUGGCCAGAACCUUGUCUCGUCUGCUGCUAGUGGUGUCAAUACAAGUGGGCUUGAAAAAGAUCUAGAGAAAUUGAAUGAUAAAUGGAAUGCGCUGAAAGAAAAGUUGAAUGAAAGAGAUCGUAAGUUGGAUGUCGGGCUUCUCCAAAGCGGCAAGUUCCAAGAAGCCCUUGAUGGAUUCGCUAAGUGGUUAGCUGAUACCGAAGAGAUGGUAGCAAAUCAGAAACCACCAUCUGCUGAUUAUAAGGUGGUGAAAGCCCAACUUCAAGAACAGAAAUUCCUAAAGAAGAUGCUUCUCGACCGUCAGCAUUCCAUGUCAUCCCUUGUCAAGAUGGGCAAGGAAGUCGCUGCCAAUGCUGAUGUGAAUGAACGCAAAGCCAUUGAGCGUCAGCUACAUGAUCUGGCGACUAGGUUUGAAACAUUACAAGAAAAUGCGGCCCAACGUAUGGAUGCAUUAGAGCAAGCCAUGGUUGUCGCCAAACAAUUCCAGGAUAAACUCGUACCAAUCCUUGACUGGCUUGACAAAACUGAAAAGAAAGUGAAGGAUAUGGAGCUUAUUCCGACUGAUGAGGAAAAGAUUCAACAACGUAUUCGGGAGCAUGAUGCCCUCCAUAAAGACAUCUUACGUAAGAAGCCAGACCUGACUGAACUCACCGACAUUGCCAGUAACUUGAUGGCUUUGGUUGGGGAGGAUGAAGCUGCAACUGUCGCUGACAAGCUUCAAGACACCGCAGAUCGUUAUGCAAAUCUUGUCCUUGCAUCGGAUAAUGUCGGUCAGUUACUACAAGCCUCAAGAGCAGGAUUGCGUCAUCUUGUAUUGACAUACCAGGACCUUCAAGCCUGGAUGGAAGGCAUGGAAAAUCGUCUCAAUAAAUACCGUGUGUUGCCUGUUCAUCCCGACAAAUUAAUAGAACAAAUGGAAGAUCUCGCAGAUCUGACGGAAGAAAUUGCAAACCGUCAGAAUGAGGUAGACAGCACUGUUGACUCUGGAUUAGAACUAAUGAAACACAUCUCCAGCGAUGAAGCCAUCCAGCUCAAAGAUAAACUUGAUUCAUUGCAGAGGCGAUACAACGACUUAACAACUCGAGGUGCUAACUUAUUAAAACAUGCUCAAGAAGCAUUACCUCUGGUUCAGCAGUUCCACAAUUCCCAUAAUCGUUUAGUUGACUGGAUGAUGGGUGCUGAGUCACAGCUGCAGACAGUUGAACCUCGAGAAGAAGACAUCAUGCGCCUUGAGUUGGACAUUCAAGAGUUCAGACCUGUGCUUGAGAACAUCAAUUUAGUAGGUGCUCAGUUGUGCCAGAUAUCUCCUGGGGAAGGUGCUGCCACCAUUGAAGGUCUUGUCACCCGUGAUAACAGGAGAUUUGAUUCCAUUGUCGAACAGAUUCAGCGUAAAGCAGAACGCAUUCAUCUCUCUAAACAGCGGUCGAUGGAAGUGAUCGGUGAUAUAGAUGACUUGUUGGACUGGUUCAGAAUGGUUGAGAACCAAUUAAGGGAAGCAGAGCCACCAAGCUCUGAGCCUGAUGUCAUCAGAGUUCAAUUGAAGGAACAUAAGGCACUCAAUGAUGAUAUUUCAAGUCAAAAGGGCCGCGUACGUGAUGUUCUAUCAACUGCCAAAAAGGUGCUGCGCGAGUCUACCCAACACGAUGAUACCUCAGUCAUUAGGGAGAAGAUGGAAGAUCUGAGAGAGAUGAUGGAAACCGUUUCUGGCCUGAGCUCGGACCGUCUAGGCAUCUUGGAACAAGCAUUACCACUUGCAGAGCACUUCCAUGAAACACACAGUGGUCUCAGCUCAUGGUUAGAUGACAUGGAGCACCAAGUCAACAUGUUGGCUAUGCCUGCUUUGAGACCAGAUCAGAUAGCUCAACAGCAAGAUAAAAAUGAGCUAUUCUUACAGUCCAUCAGUGAACACAAACCAUUCUUUGAGAAACUGAACAAGACUGGUGAAGCAUUGAUUCGCUUGUGCAAUGAUGAAGAAGGUAGCAAAGUUCAAGACAUUUUGGACUCUGAUAAUGCUCGUUAUAAUGCUCUGCGCUCAGAGCUGCGGGCAAGGCAGCAGGCACUCGAAAAAGCCCUUCAGGAAUCUAGUCAAUUUAGUGAUAAGCUUGAGGGUAUGUUGCGUGCAUUGGCCAACACCGCAGAUCAGGUGGCUGGAGCUGACCCAAUUUCAGCUCAUCCUCCACGCAUUAGGGAUCAAAUUGAUGAGAAUAAUGUACUGAUUGAGGAUUUGGACAAGCGAGAAGAAGCUUUCCAGGCAGUGAAAAAAGCAGCCAAUGAUGUUAUCAAGAAAGCACCCAACGCCUCAGACCCAGCUGUUAAAGAUAUAAAGCGAAAGUUAGACAAGCUGAACAGUCUGUGGAAUGAUGUGCAGCGAGCCACUGGUGACCGUGGCAAGUCUUUGGAAGAAGCUCUGGCCAUUGCUGAGCGUUUCUGGGAUGAGCUUCAAAGCGUCAUGGCUCGUCUUCGAGACCUUCAACACUCACUCAACUCUCAGGAACCACCAGCAGUACAGCCUGAAAUUAUCAAGCAGCAGAGAGAAGCUCUCAAAGACAUCAAGGCUGAAAUUGAUCAGACAAAACCAGAAGUUGAGCACUGUCGUGCCACUGGUCAGCAGUUGAUGAAAGUGUGUGGUGAACCUGAUAAACCGGAAGUCAAGAAACACAUCGAAGAUUUGGACAAUGCCUGGGAUACAAUCACAGCCUUGUUUGCCAAGCGUGAAGAAAAUUUGAUCCAUGCGAUGGAAAAAGCCAUGGAAUUCCAUGAAACUCUUCAGGACUUGUUAGACUUUUUGGACCAAGCGGAAGAGAGGUUUGCUGGACUUGGACCAAUUGCUUCUGACAUCAAUGCUGUCAAGAAACAAAUUUCGCAGCUCAAACAAUUCAAGAACGAUGUUGAUCCUCAUAUGGUGAAAGUUGAAGCUUUGAACAGGUCUUUAACUCGGCAAGCUCAAGAACUGACAGAGCGCACAUCAGCAGAACAAGCAGCUGCUUUGAAGAAACCUUUGGCCAGUGUCAAUCGUCGCUGGGAUGAAUUACUAAGAGGUGUAGUCGAGCGACAGCGUCAACUUGAAAACGCUCUCCUCAGACUUGGCCAAUUCCAGCACGCAGUAGAUGAAUUGAUGGCAUGGAUUGAUGCCACCAACCGCACAUUGGACAAUGAACUUAAACCAGUGUUCGAUGAUCCGCAAGUUCUAGAAGUUGAAUUAGCGAAGCUGAAGGUACUCGUUAACGAUAUUCAAGCUCACCAGUCGAGUGUUGAUACGUUGAAUGAUGCCGGUAGACAGCUAAUUGAAUCAAGUCGUGGCAGCGAUGAGGCCUCAAGCACUCAAGACCGCCUGAACAAGCUCAACAAGAACUGGCGUGACCUGCUUCAGAAAGCGGCUGAUAGGCAAACUGGACUUGAGGAGGCAUUGCGUGAUGCGCAAAGGUUUGCUGCUGAAAUUCAAGAUCUGCUUUCCUGGUUGAGUGACAUUGACAGUGUCAUUGCAGCUUCAAAACCAGUAGGAGGUCUUCCAGAAACUGCCAGCGAACAGCUUGAACGGUUCAUGGAGGUUUAUCGUGAGUUGGAAGAGAAUAGGCCGAAGGUGGAGGCUGUAUUAGAUCAAGGCCAAGAAUAUUUGAAGAAGACUUUGCCUGGUGGUGCUACCAACUUGCAACAAAAUUUGAAGACUUUGAAACAACGAUGGGAUAGUGUAACUGCUCGUGCCAAUGAUAAGAAGAUCAAAUUAGAAAUUGCCCUCAAAGAAGCAACUGAAUUCCACGACUCAUUACAGGCCUUUGUUGAUUGGUUAACCAAUGCAGAAAAAGUGUUAUGCAACUUGAAACCAGUGUCUCGCAUCCUCCAAACCAUCCUGGGUCAAAUUGAGGAGCACAAAGCCUUCCAGAAGGAUGUUGGAGCUCAUCGAGAGACAAUGCUGCAACUAGACAAAAAGGGAACACACCUCAAGUACUUCAGUCAGAAGCAAGAUGUCAUCCUCAUCAAGAACCUGCUCAUCAGUGUUCAACAUCGUUGGGAGCGUGUGGUUAGCAAGAGCACAGAGCGUACACGAGCUUUAGAUCACGGCUACAAAGAGGCCAAAGAAUUCCACGAUGCUUGGUCAAGCUUGAUGAACUGGCUCAAUGAAACAGAGCAAGGCUUGGAUGACUUGGCCAGAGAAGCAUCCUCAAUGGGUAAUAACCCAGAGCAAAUCAAGCAGCGUCUGGCCGCACACCGUGAGUUCCAACGAGCCCUCUCUGGAAAGCAAGCCACCUACGAUGCCACGAUGAGGACAGGCAAGGCUCUCAAAGACAAAGCACCAAAAACAGAUGAGCCUCAACUCAGACAAAUGAUGAACGAACUUAAAGAGAAGUGGACAUCAGUCUGUGCAAAAUCUGUUGAUAGGCAACGCAAAUUGGAAGAAGCUCUGCUAUACUGUGGUCAGUUCAAGGAUGCAAUUGAAGCUCUCAUGGAUUGGCUUAGGAAAACAGAGAAACAGCUGUCGGAAGAUGGACCAGUUCACGGCGAUUUGGACACUGUCAUGGCUCUCGUUGAACAACACAAAGUAUUUGAGGAAGAUCUCGAAAAUAGAGCUGACCAAAUGGACACUGUCCAGAGAACUGGCCAUGAUCUAAUGGAAAAAGCAAGUGCUGCGGAUGCGGCCGCUAUCCGCUCUCAGCUGAACGAACUUACAACAAUGUGGUCUCGAGUGACGACACUAACUGAACGGAAGACUCAACGUUUGGAAGAGGCACUGAAAGAGGCUGAACAACUUCACAAGUCUGUUCAUGCAUUGCUUGAAUGGUUAUCAGAUGCUGAAAUGAAGUUGAGAUUUGUCACAGCUCUGCCUGACGAUGAGCAAGAAACGCGCGCUCAACUCACUGAGCACGAAAAAUUCAUGCGUGAAAUGGCUGAGAAAGAAUACGAAAAGGAUCAGACAAUCGCAUUGGCCCAAAGAAUCCUACAGAAGGCACAUCCAGAUGGUGCCUCUGUUAUCAAACACUGGAUCACCAUUAUUCAGUCUAGAUGGGAUGAAGUAUCAACUUGGGCAAAACAACGUGAACAAAGACUGCGUGAUCAUCUAAGAUCUCUCCAAGAUCUUGACACUCUCCUCGAAGAGCUGUUGGCUUGGCUAGCAAGACUAGAAAACCAACUACUUCAACAGGAAGCAGAACCUUUACCAGAAGAAAUUCCUAUCGUCGAGAGACUUAUCGAAGAACACCGUGAAUUCAUGGAGCAAACAUCAUCCAGGCAACACGAAGUUGAUUCAGUUUGCAAAGCUCGUCAAAUCCAACCAGAACGUAAGCCGUCCAUGAAGAGAUUAUCGACAUCUGGUGAGCGUUCAGACUCGCCAGAACUUGGCUAUGAAUCACGCAAAUCAAGUCUCAAAGCAUCCCGUGACAAUCUUCUUGACCGCCGCGGCAGCCGAGCAAGUCCAAGCAGGGACAAGCCCGCUGUGGAUGCUUUACCGCAUUAUGGACCUCGAUUCCCGCCUAAAGGAAGCAAAGCGGCAGAGCCUCAGUUCCGCAAUCCUCGUUGCCGCAUUCUAUGGGAUAGUUGGAGAAACGUUUGGAUCCUUGCUUGGGAACGUCAACGCCGACUCCAGGAACAUCUUAACUACCUAAAAGAAUUAGAAAAAGUGAAGAACUUCUCUUGGGAUGAGUGGAGAAAGAGGUUCCUGAACUUCAUGAAUCACAAGAAAUCACGUUUGACAGAUUUGUUCAGGAAGAUGGAUAAAAACAACAUUGGUUUAAUCCCAAGAGAUGAUUUCAUUGACGGAAUCAUCAAAACUAAAUUCGACACUAGUAAAUUGGAAAUGGGAGCUGUUGCUGACAUGUUUGAUCAAGAUGGUGCAAUUGAUUGGCAAGAAUUCAUUGCUGCCCUCAGGCCAGAUUGGCAAGAGAAGAAGCCUGAUACGGAAGCAGAGAAGAUUCAUGAUGAAGUGAAGCGGCUUGUCAUGUUGUGUACAUGUAGGCAGAAAUUCAGGGUCUUCCAAGUCGGUGAAGGCAAAUACAGGUUUGGUGACAGUCAAAAGUUACGUCUAGUCCGAAUCCUGCGUUCAACAGUCAUGGUUCGAGUUGGAGGUGGUUGGGUUGCUCUAGAUGAAUUCCUCAUCAAAAAUGAUCCCUGCAGAGUUGAAAUGCUACCCAUGCCAAAUCCAUUCAUCCCGGAAGAACAUGAGCCAUGGUGUCCAUAUGGACCAGUUGAGCUUUUUACUAAAGGACGCACGAAUAUUGAGCUCCGAGAACAGUUCAUCUUGGCUGAUGGUGUUUCUCAAAGCAUGUCUGCAUUCAAACCGAAAUCCUCUCCGUCCACGAACCAGCGAUCUCUCUCUUUGACAUCCAAUGCUGGACCUAUCACAAAGGUGCGAGAACGCAGUGCUCGUAGUGUUCCAAUGGGUAAAACAGGAGUGAAUAGGACUGCAGGUACCCCUGACUCUCUGAGUGACAACGAGUCUUCUCCUUACUCUAGGACUCCCGUCCGAAAAGUUUCAAGCUCAGGUUUAAGAAAAUCAAGUUUGUCUGCAGGCGGAAGUUUACCAGGCAGCAGAAAUAAUAGCCGUCCACCAAGUAGAACAGGCAGCAAGCCUCCAAGCAGACAUGGCUCUAAUCUCUCAUUGGAUAGCACAGACGAUGGAACACCUAGUAGAAUCCCUCGUCGCUCAUCUACAAGAACAAGCAGUCUCGCCAGCACUCCUGGCCGCAAACUAACUGUGCCCUCUGUCAAUGGUGGGAGCACCUCUCGCAACCGCUCACCCUCAGGAACUAGGUCUGGUUCAAUCUCCCGAGCUUCUAGCAUACCAACAUUAACUGGAGUUGGAACAAGUCGAUCUCGGAUCCCAGUAUUUGUUGGACUGGCACAAAUGGACAGUCCGCGGCCUCUUCUUAGCAUGUCUUCAUCUUCUUCUUCUGGAUGGACUUCAGGAGUUGUAACACCAUCAUCUAAUAUACCGAAACCUACAAGAACUCGAACGCCAUCUGGUUCAUCAACGCCGGUUACUCCUGGUUCUAGAUUGACACGUAAAUCCUCUGGAGCCUCAGACACAGCAACCGGGCUCUCCCGCAGGGACUCGAAGUCAUCCACACCAACGGAUCAAAGAGCACCAUUCCGCCUGUAAACUCAACGUACCAAGCUAUCUCUGUGUCACACGGAAAGUUGAUCCAUGGAUUCAAACUUCGCCUCAAGUCAUCAUCAGUGACAAGAUGCUACUUAGAAUUUUUUCUACUUUGAAAUAACUGUAUCUAAUGAUUAAGGAUUAAUGUUGGUCUACUAAUUCAUAAUUUUAGCUGUGAUUCUACCCUCUAAUCAUUGAAGAUAAUUCCUUAAGGCAGUUGUAUAUUUUUUUACUAUUCGUCCUCGGGAUCUUCAAUUUUUUAUUAAAUGCUCUGUUGUAAAUAAUAGUCCUCUCCGGUACCCAAAAUGAAAAGCAAUAAGCAUAAACUUUACUAUUUAUAACACAUCUCAUUUUUCGAGUUGUUUGAAAAUAAACUUUCAGUUUGUGUUACACAAGCUUGUCAUUUGUGCGAGGAUAAAAAUCAGGUCAUAUACGUUUUAGUCCUGAGGUAUGUUAACCUCAAUUUUACGGUAGUUAAAAAUAUAACUACAUAACUAACUAUGUUUAUUAAUAGUCAUUAAUUUUAAUGUACCUUCCAAUUAAGUCACACAAUUGAAACUGUGCUAUUAACAGAGGUUUCUCUUUAAUUGUGACUAAAUCUAUCCAGAUACCGAGGAAAAGUUGAGCAAAAAGGGAUGUUCGCUUUUUUUCAAAAGGGUGAAAAUUGUCUUCAUCCCUACUUCUUUUACCUACAUAUUUGUGUAAAUAUUCUGCCCUGGAAAAUAGUUUUCGAUCCUUUUUUAUUAAGAUUUUGUUGUAAAUGUAAAUUGUAUAAGGUCAAAUCAGUUGUUAUCGCCUUAAUGCAGUGUUUGCUCAGAAACUCUUAAAUUUUCUGCACUCAAACUGUUUUUUUAUUAAAUCUGUGCCCUUUAUCUGCUCUGUAAGUAUAUUUUUAUAAGAAUGAAUUCUGUUUAUUUUCUUUUCCAAUCUAAGUAGAUUUUGUUGCAAAGAAGGUAGAUAUUAUGUCAAUUUCUGUGUAAAUACAUGUGUAACAUAGUUUGUACUUUUUAUGAGUAAAUUAUUGUAUCUUUGUUCAUUGAAAAAAGGCAUGAUCAUUUCGCGUGCCUACUUUUUGAAGAGGAAUGAUGAAGUGUAACUUUUGCUAAAAACGAAAAAAAAGAAUCAGGAUUUUUAUAGUUCUGUUUUGAAUGCCACCGUGCCAUUUAGUAAAGUUUCCAAACAAUCAAAGUAUAUUCACCUAUGAAUCAAAAGAAUCUUCCUCUCAUUUUUGUAGAAUUUCGACCCUACCAAGUUGAACAGCAAACAUGAAGACCCUAAUCACUAAUAUUCAUUCAAAGACCUCCUUCAUGGAGGAUUCUUCAAAGAGGAUUCUUUCCCCUCUCAAUGUUUUCUGUGUACUUGCUAUCGUCAUUCAUAAUCAUCUACUUACUUUGUAUUACUUCAUCAUGAAAAACUGCCUUUUUUUGUGCAAUUUUUAAUUUAUGUUAAUAUUUAUAAUUUUCCGUCUCCAGCUUGCGAUUCCAUCCUUUAUACUCAUGUAUCUGUUCUCUUAUUUCUUCUAUUUCCUUGUAAAAGAUGCAAUUUUUAAAAAAAGUUCAUCAAAUUUUUCCUGUGUUUUCUCGAGGUGCUUGAAACAUACGUUGUCAAAGCCCUUUUUUGCGCUUUUUAUUUUCUUAAUUUUUUAUCAGGCAAUUAACUGUACAAUAUUUUCAAGUCUUUUUCGUUAAAUUCUUGGGAUAAUGCACAUCUACUUUCCCUACUAAUGAGUGAAUGAAAAACUUGUACUACAGGAGCAAAGUUGUAAUUUUCCUAUGUAUACACCUUUUUCAUUCAACUCCUCCUUUGAAGGAAUCAUCGUAUUCAUAAUGACGAAAAGAUUCAGUCUUAAUAUUUCUUUAAUUCAACACAAAGUCACUCAUCUCUAAGAAUUUUUUUACUUUUUAACACAUUGUACUAAACAAAAGAAAACUAAUCUUUAGAGAAACUUAGUUUUAAGCUCCGAGCAGAUAAUUACUGCUCUACUGACAUCUCUAAAAAAGAAAAAAAAAAGAAAAGUGACAAAACUAAUAUAAUGUAAAAAUUCCAUAGUUUUAUUUUGUUUGGUGUAACAAUUGUAACUGCUUUCACCAUAGUGUAAAAAAUUUCUUCAUUGAUCAAGUGUUACUGACUGUGGGUGAUCGGAGCUUAUUUAAUUGGAAACCUUCUUGUGCACAACAUGGCAAUGCUGCCCUAACAUUUUGAUAUACAUCAAUAAGGAACAUGCUCUGAAAACUGUUACAGGGUUUCUAACCUCAUUUUUUCGAAUUGGUCACUCAUUGAUCAUGCAAAAGUAAUACAAGCAACAAAGCUUCGGUAACAUUUAUCUCAAUUGUUACCUCAAACAAAGUAAGUCUAGGAAUCAUGUUUUAGACUCAGAAUUACUUUUUUGUCUUUAUCACUUUUAAUAUAUUUUAACAACUGUCAAUUACUAUUUGUACAGUUUGUACAUGUGCCAACUUGUUCUAGGUAAAAAUAAGAAUUUCCGCUUGGAGAAAUCCUCUUGCCCAACAUUCUUUUAGAUUGUUUGGACUCAGAAAAUUAGUUGUAUAGCGAGCUUGAGUCUUUAAAAUGCUUGAUCCUUCAUGGCUUCAUUGAAGAAAUGUUAAAUUUAAGUGAAUAUACCUCUUUGAUCUUUUGGUAUCCUUCACUGAAGUGAAAAUGCAAGACACAAAUUGGUGGUCGUACGAUCGUACCCAAGGUGAUGCCACAACUAUGCAUUAUGCAGAGUAUUCUCAUUAUAGUGUCAGUGGACUGGUGCAUCCCCCCCUCCCCCCUCUCAUUCUUUGUAAAUACCUUACCGGCAGAUUUUGGCGAGAUCAAAGAGAUGCAUUCACUUUUCAUUUCACAUUGUUCCAGCGAAGCUGUGGCUUGUUAGGAUCGUAUUUUUUGUCCUUGUACCUUUCGUGUACAAGUAAGUUGUCAUAAGUGGAGUUGCCAUUUUUUCAACUCAGUUCUUCUCCCCUCCUGUUGUUGCCUCUCACUCUUUGUUUCAAGUUUUGCAAAACCAUUGAUUGAUAAUUUUUAAUAUUGUUAUGAUUUCAUUUGUAUAAGUAUUUAAAAUCUAAUAAAUAAAAUAAUUUCACUAAA